AUGCCGCAGAGAGACCACGCACCACACCAUCCCACAGAGGCACCACGCACCACCAACAUGUCACAGAGGGACCACGCACCACAAACAUGUCACAUAGGGACCACACACCACCAACAUGUCACAGGGGAACCACGCACCACCAACAUGCCACAUAGGGACCACGCACCACCUACAUGUCACAGAGGCACCACGCACCACAACAUGUCACAGAGGGACCACGAACCACCAACAUGCAAUAGAGACACCACGCACCACCAACAUGUCACAGAGGACCACGCACCACCAACAUAUCACAGAGGUACCACGCACCACCAACAUGUCACAGAGGCACCACGUACCACCAACAUGUCACAAAGGGACCACCAACGUGUCACAGAGGCACCACGUACCACCAACAUGUCACAAAGGGACCACCAACAUGUCACAGAGGGACCACGCACCACCAACAUGCCAUAA